UUUUAACUUUUGGUAAGUGAUGUCAUUUCUGGACCCUUUAUAUAUUUUUUUCUUCUCAAAAUCUAUCAGGCACACUUUGGAACCUUUCUUCUUUGGAUUCUAUAAAGAUGGAACUGGUGGACCAGGCACUGAAUACUCUUACUCAGGAGGUACUAGUUCCUCACUCAGGGUGGAAGCAAGAUGGAAUACAAGAUGGAGAUAAUGGAAAAUCCAGACAUGUGGAGUGGGAGUCUGCUCUGGUAAACACAACUGGGUGUCUACGGAAUAUCUCUUCAGAACGUUCUGAAGCACGCAGGAAAAUGAGAGAGUGUGAGGGGCUAGUAGACUCUAUUGUUCACAUCUUGAGAUCAGAGGUUGGCCAUGGACAAGUGGACAGCAAGGUGCUUGUUAGUCUUCUGUAGUAGCCCUAUUUAUUAU